CGUCCCUCGCGGCGAAGCGGAAGAGGCAAAAUGGCGGCGGCGGCGGGAUCUCCGCGACCGGCCCUGAGCGGCGGUGCUCGGCGGAGCUGAGCCGCGUCCCGACGCCCGCCUCACCGUCGCCCACAGGAGCCGCCCGCCGCGGGCCAUGCCCGGUUAGCGCCCCGUCCCAGCACACGGCGGGGCCCAGCCGAGCCCCUUCCCCGCCGCGCCGCCCCGCGCCCGCUGGGCCCCCCAUGGCCUUGCCCCGGCCCUGAGCGCCCCCGAGCCGCGCCCGGCCCUAUGCUUCCCCCGGGGCCGCGCUGCCCCUGAGCCCUUUUCCUGGAGGCGGCGGUGAAGGCGCGGGAGCGGCACGAUGUUCUCGGCGCUGAAGAAGCUGGUGGGUUCGGACCAGGCGGCAGUCCGAGACAAGAACAUCCCCGCGGGGCUGCAGUCCAUGAACCAGACUCUGCAGAGGAGGUUCGCCAAGGGAGUCCAGUACAACAUGAAAAUUGUUAUCCGAGGGGACAGGAACACUGGGAAAACCACACUCUGGCACCGACUACAGGGAAAGAAAUUUAUUGAGGAAUACAUUCCAACUCAGGAGAUCCAAGUCACCAGCAUCCACUGGAAUUAUAAAACGACUGACGAUAUUGUUAAAGUUGAAGUAUGGGAUGUAGUUGAUAAAGGAAAAUGCAAAAAACGAGGAGAUGGUUUGAAACUGGAAAACGACCCUCAGGAGGCAGAGUCAGAAAUGGCUCUGGAUGCAGAGUUUCUGGACGUGUAUAAAAAUUGCAAUGGUGUAGUGAUGAUGUUUGACAUCACCAAACAGUGGACAUUUAACUAUAUUCUGAGGGAGCUUCCUAAAGUGCCAACCCACGUUCCAGUGUGCGUGCUUGGGAAUUACCGAGACAUGGGGGAGCACCGGGUCAUUCUGCCUGGCGAUGUGCGGGACUUCAUUGACAAUCUGAACAGGCCUCCUGGCUCCUCAUAUUUUCGCUAUGCUGAGUCUUCCAUGAAGAACAGCUUUGGCCUCAAGUACCUGCAUAAGUUCUUCAACAUCCCCUUCUUGCAACUGCAGAGAGAGACAUUGCUACGGCAGCUGGAGACGAAUCAGCUGGAUAUUGAUGCGACUUUGGAGGAACUGUCAGUACAGCAAGAGACAGAAGAUCAAAACUACGAACUCUUCCUUGAAAUGAUGGAAGCCCGAAGCCGAGGGCACGCAUCACCACUGACAACUAAUGGGCAAAGCCCUUCCUCUGGCUCCCAGUCACCCAUAGUACCUCCGAGCUCCACAUCGACGGGCAGCUCCAGCCCUGGCACCCCACAGCCCCCGCAGCUGCCUUCCACAAGCUCCACCAUCUCUCCUGAACCCCCCUCAUCUUUCUCACCAGUACCUGCACCUGAGGCCCAGCCACCACACGCGCCUCUGCCAGCUGCCGCCUCCCCAGCCCCUCCAGCAGCAGCCCCGCCACCGAAGCGCAGCAUCAUUUCACGGCUCUUUGGGACAUCUGCACCAGACCCAUCUCCACCCCAACCAGAUGCUGCUGCUGCUGCUACUCCCCACCCUGCAGCCCCUGCAAAAGUACAGAGUGUGGAGGACUUUGUUCCUGACGACAGCCUGGAUCACAGCUUUUUAGAAGACUCAGCCCCGCAGAAGGAUAAGGGGAAACCACAGACAAAGCACCAUGUCGAUAGUGAAAGUGAUGGAGAGACAGCUGGGGGGAACCCCAUGGUGGCCGGUUUCCAAGAUGACCUUGACAUGGAUGACAAAAUCCCCAGCAGAGCUGUGCUGGCAACAGAGCGGGUGCCCAGCAAGAACAUUACCCUGUCCAGUGAAGAGGAGGAGGAGGAAGAGGCUAAGGACUCUAGGGUCACACUCAUACCUGAUGAAAGCAUUGACACGGAACAUGAAAAGAAGAGGUCUUCCAGAAAUUCUGUGAAACCACAAAGUGAAGCAGUUCUGACCAAAGCAACUGACCCGAAGCCUCCUGACGGUUUACCUCCACAUUCUGGGUCUGAAAGAAACAGCAGCAGCAAGCUCGGCUCUAGUCUGCCAGCUGCUGCUGCCACACCGGCAGCCCAGGCCCCAAAGACCACUUCCCAAAGCAAAGGACAUGCUCUCAAACAGAAAGUGGUCAAAGACGAAAAGCCUGAGGAGUCUGACAGUGAUCAAGAGGGACCAAUAGCUACUCAAAUGCUCUCAUUUGUUAUGGAUGACCCAGACUUUGAAAGUGAGGAAUCUGACAGCCAGAGGAAGAAAAUGGAUGAAUUCCCUGUCCGGGAAGAUCUCUCUGAAAUAUCUGAUGAUGAUACCUCAUUGGCAAAGCCACCGCAGCCUGUGAAAUCAACGGUCCACUCCUUUAAACUGAAAAAUGACUCAGACCUCUUCGGUUUGGGUUUGGAAGAAACUGGUCCCAAGGAGAGCAGUGAAGAAGAUAAACAUGCUUCUAAAGAGAAGAAGAAGAAGAAGAAGAAAAGCAAAGAGGAAGAGGAGAAGUCUGUGAAAAAGAAGAGCAAACACAAGAAGAGCAAAGAGAAAGAGGAGAGCAAAGAGGAGAAGGACAAAAAGAAAAAGAAGAAGAGGAGCAAGGAGAAAAACAAUGAGAUAGAUGAACUGGAGGCUUUUCUUGGAGGAGGAGGAGCCAGCAUGAGCAAGCCACAAGGAGGUGGGGACUAUGAGGAGCUGUAGGCUGCUGGCAUUUACACACAGUGGACUCUUCUAUUGUGGCUGUCUUCAUCUUUUCUUACGAGUCACACCAGGACGGGUGCAGAUGUGUAAAGCUUUUUGCCGUAUAUUCACUCUAAACAGAGCUGGCAGAACAAAAGCUUCACAUCUGCACUGCUGUUCUGGUGGGUUCGUUACACAGAGAAAAUCCAGCUGAGAUGUACGUGAGUAAGGGGAAGGUUCAGAGCAUGGUUCUCAGGCCCAUUUCCAGGCUGUGAUUUCUCCUUCCAGAGAUGCCCCUUCGGGUUGCUGGCAGGGUGUAGGAGGGGAAGGGGACCUCUUCCAGCUCCCCCCCUGCUAUAUGCCACUCUUGCACACCUGAAGCUCCUGUCUUGUUAAGAGGAGUACAACAAACCAUGCUGCAUGAAUGCAUCGUGCUCGCCUGUCUCAAAUCUUUAACUUUUUAUCCUUCCUAUUUUUUAAUGAGAAAGGUGGUAUUGGCCAUUGCUCCAAUCAGCUGUUGAUGCUUUAAAUCGAGCAGAUCGUGUUAUGAUACAGCAGCUGCAGGACCAGAGUGAAAAAGAGAGUGCGUGUGAUUUUUGGAGUCCUUUGAAAGGGACCUUUCUGCACAGCAGCUUAAUUAGCACUCACUGGUGCUGCUGUUGGAAUUCAUGAAACCCCAUUGAUUUCCGUGGCCCCAGUGUCUCAGACACUACAUGUAAGCUGCUAUGCAGUUUGGGAAAACAAUGCAAAGUGCAAAGCAAACUUGAAAAAGAGAGAGGAAAAAUCAGUGCUUUUCUGCAUUUCCAACCCUUGAAUUUGCAUACAGUAGAAUCCCCUCCUUUCAGUACCUCUCAGGGACAUGACUCUCGUGGAAAUGAAGAUACCCAGAGCUUCAGAACUGUCUACAGAGCAGCGUUAGCAUGGCAAGGCAUUUGCUUCUCAGGCAUUUUACAGUCACGCUCUAAAGCACCGGCUGCCUCUCUGCACUGAGAGGGACAACGGCUGUAGCUCUGACAGCCUUUCCUGAUCCAACUAAUUGGUAUUGCAGAGCCCCUCAGCGUGCUGCCCUUCCCUUCCCCAAGCAGAGAGCCUCCUCCUACCCUAUGAGUUUGGGAAGCCAUUUAUUUUUGCUUUGAACUUAGACCCAUGGAUUAGUACCUCCUCAGUAGCAUCAGUUGCAGCAGGGUGGGCACUGCAGAGCAGCACUUGCCUGUGUCUCAGCAAGCUGCCACUGUGUAUGAUGGAGCUUGUCAUUUCUCCACAUCCCCUUCUCUUUUGGUUCUGGUGUCCCUUCUGCAGCUCCCUGCACGUGCUGUGCGUUACAUCACCCUGUUGCACCCAGGCUGAUUUGAGGUUUGGUUUUGUUCUCCCUCUCUGGUUUUUAUUCUAAACUGUCAACCGUGAUAUCCAAGUGGGGAUUUCCUACAGCAUCCCCAUAAGGCAAAGCAUUCUUUUGAUUUGUUGUCCACUUCAGAGUUGUUUAGAGCAGCAGGCAAUUAGCUGCUCUAUUUUUCUUCCUUCCAGUCCCCAAAAUGCACUUGUAACUGUUUCCUUACAAAAAGAACUUCUGGGUUUUGCUGCAUGAGCAGUAUAUUGUUCAGGUCUGUUUUCCUUUAGCACUUGCCAAUUCUGAGCAUUACUGCAUUUCUUGUGACACUGUAGGGAAGUUGCAUGGGGCAAUUCAAACUUGGCGCGCGUGGGGAGGAAUAAGCUGGCGGGGAUGCAACCAUUCCGUGGCCUCACUUGGGAGAAGGCAGGCGGGCAUCGGAGCUUCAGCUGGCUGCGUUCCUGAAAGCACUUCUGUUCUGUAAAGAUUUUGGGUCAUGUUCCAUUCUGCAUUGAAGAACCUGGUACAAUCCAUUCUGACUAUAAAGCUCUGUUGUACAACU